AUGGCCUUGGCGGAAGCGUCAAUUGAGAAUCCCAGCGGCGCGGCGGGUGUCCGAUGGAAGAGCGUUUCUAUAGGGCAGAGGGCGCAACCUCUCCCCGAUAAGGCGCCUCCCGGCUCCGGGGUCUUCUUGGCAGUCCCGCGGGCGGUCCCUUGGAUCUGGUCUAGGGAGAUCCACAGAGGCUCGAUAAAUUCAAUUAUUGUCCGCGUCGCCCGCCUCGAAAAUUACGAUGCCGACGAAGCUGCUGCGCAGUCUUCUCCUGCUGGCGGCCGCCGCAUCUCCGAUCAUCGGCGCAUCCACCAUCCCGACGCAGCGAGAGCCUGUCGAACCCAACGCCGCCAACGCGAGGGAAAAUGCCUUUACAUCUUCAACUCCGUGCAUUCGGCCAUGCGGCAAUGGGGGUCGUCCCUCCGCCACAAUGGCCUGGGUUUGAUCCCCGCCACCGUUCCUGAGGAUACGCUUUUGUACCACGGCACGCCGCGAAACAGCACGCCCGAAACGUUUGAGUGGCUCGCCUUUGAGAUUGAGCACGCUGAAAAUUUUGCCGGCACCCUCGACACCCAGGACCUGCUGCUGCGCGACCUGACGGAAGCGCCCGGUUUCGGCGAGUGGGAACGAGCCGCCGACAUGUGCAAGCUCGGGGCAGACAUGCUCCGCCGCCCGCAUUCGGAGGCCCCCGAGUCCAAGGGUCUGAUGGAUGCGUUCGAGUGGCUCCGCGCCACGGCUGAGCGGUACGAUGGCAUCGGCGCGGGGCGGGCGCACCUGGAUUUCUCUGGCAUGGUGAGCGCUUUGUGGUAUCCCGUCAACACGACGAACCCGGCGGGAGGGCAGCCGCGGCUAUCUGAGACGACGCGCGAAGAGCGAGCGGCGAUGCGACGGCGCGUCGCCGAGAUUGUUGUUUCCAGGGCAGGUGGGGGCGUGGACUGGCAGGGUGUCGUUGACUUGAUUAUCGCGCGGCACGAGCGGAGGAUCGGGUACCUCGCCGACCCGGAUGCGGACGCCAAGGACUUUGCCAGCCAGGUCUUUGUCCUGACCAACGCCUUUAUUGAUUACCCGUCCUUGCCGUCCGACAUCGUCGACAAGACCGCCGGCGACGAGACGGUCAUUGCGGAUGCUCGCAGGCGUUGCGCCGCGCACUACCUGGCUUUACCUCGGGCGUCUAGGGUGUCUUGGACAAAGGAGGAUGAGAUGCUCGAUGCGGCGGUGGAGGCCGUGACGGCGCGCAUCUGUGACGACUUUUUCUCCGUGAGGAGCUUUCUCCUCGCCAACCACGACGCCGUGUCCUCUCCCGGCGCCGUCGGCUCCGGUGAGCUGUCGCGCGAGGAUAGCCUCGAGCGGGCGAGGAGCAUCAUGCGCACGCUGAAGCGGGAUCUGGACUGGACGGCGUGGAAGAAGUGCGGGGCGUGCAAUGUUAAUGAGGUGUGCUUUGUUGCUAUCUGGCCGUUUGGCUUGGUCGAGGAUCAUUAUGCGCCGAGCUCCACCAAGAAUCAUCUCUCGCGCCGCAACAUGUCUCUGCAUGUCGAGUGCAUUCAGAUAUCCGCGAAUAGGCAAACCGUCUACGUGCGGACUCGCCACACCAUCAACGGCAUCCCGUCCAAUUUUCGAGCCCGACGCGAUCCCACCGCUCCUGCUUCCUUUGGCUCGCGCCUGGUGAAUUUCUGCACCGAGACCGCGACCACUUCUCCGACCCAUAGCUUUCGCACCAUCAAUGACCUGGCAGAGGCUCUGGUGCUGGUCAUUUCGAGUCUCUGGGACGAGUGGGCCAUCUCCGUGGAGAGACGUCCGGACAUGGUGAUCGAGUUUUGGCAUGAAGAGCCAACGUUGGUGAUGGGCAUGGUUGACGGCGACGAGGCUGAGGAAGGUGUAUUCACCGAGGAACCCGUGGACGCGCUCGUGGUCUACGAGACGGUUGAAUGGGGACGCUACUUCAAGUGCGUCGACUUCAUCGACUACAUGGUCUUGCACCCACGCAAGUUCCACCGCGAUAGAGAGGGCAUCUACCACGAGCUGCGCGUCCUCGCCAACAUGCCCGCGCACCCCAACAUCGUCGAGCCGCCCCGGACGCUCACGUACGUCAUGGACACGACCGGCGGGAACUAUUCUAUCCGGAUCAGCGGCGCGCUGUACCUGUACACGGACCAUCAUUCGAUCGACACCCAGAUGAAGAUGCGGGCCGGCGAUCGGGACAACGCGAUUACGCUGGCGGCCAAGGCGCGCUGGUGCCACCAGAUGGCGAUCGCGGUGCAGUACACGUACCGCGUGGCCAACACGUUUCACGGGGACGUCAAGCCGGCGAAUUUCCUCAUCAGUGAGGAAAGGGAGGUGGUUCUGGCCAACUGGAAGCAGCGAGGUCCGGUGGACCUCAUCACCGCGGCGCCCGAGAUCGUGGAACGGUGGCCGUUGGACGAGUUGCGCGAUCCGCGCGCCGACUACGACGAGGUCGUCCGCGGCGUGUAUGCGCAGCUGCCGACGACGCCCAUCGCCCACUCCUCCAUUGCGGAGGAUCAGAAUUUCUUCGCUACCUGGCACGGGAUCCAGCCCACGGCGCGAGCGCGCCGAGGUCUACAGCCUCGGCGCGAGCAUGUGGUUGCUGCUCCGCGAUAUACGGAACCCCGGCGCUUUGGGGGUGCGUGCCGUCGUGGAUGGUGUUUCGGUGGAGAGCUUGCCGGUGCCUGCGGCGUGGGGCGAGGCGGUGCUGGGGUGCUUGGCAAGGAGCCGUGGAAGCGCAGCGAGAUGGAUGACGUGGUGCGCUUUUGGGCCGUGCAGCGGAAUUUGUACGAGCAGACUGUACCCCGCUAUGAUGAUAUUGUUAUGCGGACUGGGUGA